GUGAUGGCUCAUAUCGGUACUCCGGAUGACCCAGUUGCUGAACGAUUGCUGCAUAACGUACUACCGUAUGCCGAUGCCGCAACACUUAAAGCAGCCAAAGAAAAUCCAAAAGCAACGUCUGCGCUGUCAGGUGCACAUCCAGAUUCAUCACAACUACCCAGUUUACCUGGCCAAUUACAUGACCUUAAUCCGCAAAAUGAGAAUGGUGAACCAUCUCCUGAACCGCGUCCUGGUGCUCCUGAUGCUAUUCCACCACCGGCACCACUUCCUGUUGGUACUCAUCCAGGUCCAACACCACCUCUAUCUGUUUCUGGUGGUAAAGAUUGUACUCAAGGUAAUGUUGAUCCUCCUUGCUCUACUACCGGUAGUGAACAUGAAGCUGCUCGUACUGAUGAUUGUGUGACAUCUUCUGAGAAGAAGAGUUGCCCUAACAAUGAUGGUGACACUGACGAGAAUUGCCGUAACGAUUCUGGUGAUGCCUGUACGCUAAAAGAAAAAACACCUCUCCCUGAAGGCCCCGGUAAGGGACCUGGUGAAAUUGGUGAUCACACUCAGCAANCCGACCAAGUCCCUGAUACGGAGAGUGAGACAAAGAUUCUUCUUCAUCAGAAUUGUGUUGAUGGUUCUAAGUGCCCCCCUGAAACUCCUGGACGUCCUCCUGGUACUCUUCUUACUUCUGAGUCUAGUACUCUUAAUACUUCGCUUCAGAAUGGGAGAAGAGAGGGUGGUGAGGAUAGAAUUCCUGUUCCUCAAGCAAUGGUUGAUGCUGGGGUUGUGCAUCGUCAAGACAAUACUCAGGACAAUUUAAAUGUUGCUGGUCAAAGAGAAAAAGAACAACAACAACUUGCUGCUGCUUCAACUACAAGAACCAAUUCUGCUGACAGUCUAACAGUGCAGGGUCACAAUCACGAUAAAGAGCAGAAUCAAGAGCAAACACAUCAAGGAGGAGCGAAUGUUUUAUCACCGAUAAAAGAAGUACAACCUUCUGUACACGGUGGAAAAGCAGAAGAGAAAUCACAAGAGAAU